GAGAUGCCGCCGCCUCAGAAGAAGCGCUGGGAGUCCAUGGCCAAGGGCCUGGUGCUGGGAGCACUCUUCACCAGCUUCCUGCUGCUGCUGUACUCGUACGCGGUGCCCCCGCUGCACGCCAGCCUGCCGUCCACGACCCCGGAGGGCACCCCGUCCUGCUCCCCAGGCGAGUCGGAGACGGCGGCGAGCCCCGCCAACGGCUCCUCGUCGUCGUCGCCGUCCCCGGGAGGCUGCCAGCCCCGCCGCGACAUCGUCUUCAUGAAGACGCACAAGACGGCCAGCAGCACGCUGCUCAACAUCCUGUUCCGCUUCGGCCAGAAGCACGGGCUCAGGUUCGCCUUCCCCAGCGGCCGCAACGACUUCGACUACCCGGCCUUCUUCGCCCGCAGCCUGGUGCAGGACUACCGGCCCGGCGCCUGCUUCAACAUCAUCUGCAACCACAUGCGCUUCCACUACGACGAGGUGCGGGGCCUGGUGCCGCCCAACGCCACCUUCAUCACGGUGCUGCGGGACCCCGCCCGGCUCUUCGAGUCCUCCUUCCACUACUUCGGCUCCGUGGUGCCCUUCACCUGGAAGCUGUCGGGCCGGGACAAGCUGGCCGCCUUCCUGCAGGACCCCGAGCGCUACUACGACCCCCGCGGCUACAACGCCCACUACCUCCGCAACCUGCUCUUCUUCGACCUGGGCUACGACAGCGGCCUGGACCCCCGCAGCCCGCAGGUGCAGGCGCACAUCCUGGAGGUGGAGCGCCGCUUCCACCUGGUGCUGCUGCAGGAGUACUUCGACGAGUCGCUCGUGCUGCUGCGGCACCUGCUGUGCUGGGAGCUGGAGGACGUGCUGUACUUCAAGCUCAACGCCCGCCGCGCCUCGGCCGUGCCCCGCCUGUCGGGGGAGCUGUACCGGCGCGCCACGGCCUGGAACGUGCUGGACGCCCGCCUCUACCGCCACUUCAACGCCAGCUUCUGGCGCAAGGUGGAGGCGUUCGGGCGGGAGCGCAUGGCCCGCGAGGUGGCCGCCCUGCGCCGGGCCAACGCGCGCAUGCGGCGCAUCUGCAUCGACGGGGGCCGCGCCGUGGACGCCGCCGCCAUCCAGGACGCGGCCAUGCAGCCCUGGCAGCCGCUGGGCGCCAAGUCCAUCCUGGGCUACAACCUCAAGAAGAGCAUCGGGCAGCGGCACGCGCAGCUCUGCCGCCGCAUGCUCACGCCCGAGAUCCAGUACCUGAUGGACCUCGGCGUCAACCUGUGGGUCACCAAGCUCUGGAAGUUCGUCCGCGACUUCCUGCAGUGGUGACGGCCCGCCCGCCCCGGGCCCCGCCUGCCCGCGCCCUCCCCGGGCAGGGGCGACCUGCUGGCCUCCCCCGAGCCC